GAGAAUGAAACACAAGAAAGUGAUCUGGCAGGGCGUAAUGAAAAGGAGAAUGAAACACAAGAGUGUGAUCUGGCAGAGCGUAAGGAAAAGGAGAAUGAAAUACAAGAAAGUGAUCUGGCAGGGCGUGAAGAAAAGGAGAAUGAAACACAAGAGACUGAUCUGGCAGAGCGUAAAGAAAAGAAGAAUGAAAUACAAGAAAGUGAUCUGGCAGGGCGUGAAGAUAAGGAGAAUGAAACACAAGAGAGUGAUCUGGCAGGGCGUACAAAAAAGGAGAAUGAAACACAAGAGAGUGACCUGUCAGGGCGUAAAAAAAGGAGAAUGAAACACAAGAGAGUGAUCUGGCAGGGCGUAAAAAAGGAGAAUGAAACUCAAGAGAGUGAUCUGGCAGGGCGUGAAGAAAAGGAGAAUGAAACACAAGAGAGUGAUCUAGCAAGGCGUAAAAAAGGAGAAUGA